AUGAAUUUUAUUGAUUUUGCAUACUACACCGGCCACAGGGUCAUUGGCUCAACAAAGGCUAGCACACAGUUUCUUGCUCAUACCUCCAUCAAUGAAGCUGUUAAAGUUGUGCAAAUAGUCAUAAUUACGUUCUCGCAAGAGUCCAAAGCGCAAUUUUAUGGAAAACGGAUCCGCCUUACAUACUCGUUUCCCGCGAGCCUGAGCUUGAUUCUGUAUGCCCCAGGGCCUUCUUGGGCGAUUUUGAAAGUUCCGAGCCUGAACGGCUCCGAAGUUGGACCCGGCGACACAGAUCCACUGCGGACUUUUCGGGCCCCGGAACUCUCCCGGCAUUCGCCCGACAUCAACUAG